CAAAUAGUAGUAUUUCUAAAGGAGACACACAAUACAAUUACCUUCUUCCACACUGGGGAAAAAAAUCAUAGUAUUAAUUACUACUUUACUACUCAUAUCUUUCUUUGAUCACAUCCACAGAUUCUUUCGGCACACAACAACUUAACUGAUACUGUUGGACUGGUUAUCAUCCCAUAUCAGUAACUCUGUACUAUAUUCUUCUUCUUUGGUUUUCAUUGUUUGUGUUUUUCCAAAUUCGGUAUGGCAGAAGAAGAAGUGAAAAAAACAGAGCCCGAGACUACUACACCUUCUGAGACUCUACCCCCGCCACCUGCUGCUUCUGAGCCUCCGGCACCGGAAACUACCGAAGCUCCUAAGGAUGUGUCUGAGGAGAAAGCAGUAGUUCCAGUUCCUGAAGAGAAGCCCGAGGAAUCCAAGGCCCUUGUUGUUGUCGAAAAACCACCAGAGCCUCCUGUCGAGAAACCUGUUGAAGAUAAGCCUGCUGAAGGUUCAAUCAACAGAGAUCUUGUGCUUGAACGUGUUGCAACAGAGAAGAGGCAGUCAUUAAUCAGGGCAUGGGAAGAAAGUGAGAAAUCUAAGGCCGAAAACAAAGCUCAGAAGAAGAUGUCAGCCAUUGGGGCUUGGGAAAAUAGCAAGAAGGCAGCCAUAGAAGCUGAACUCCGUCAAAUUGAGGAAAAAUUGGAGAAACAGAAGGCUGAAUAUAUAGAGAAAAUGAAGAACAAGAUUGCAGCCCUGCACAGAGCAGCUGAAGAAAAAAGAGCAAUGAUUGAAGCCAAGAAGGGAGAAGAUCUACUGAAAGCAGAGGAGACUGCAGCAAAAUAUCGUGCCACAGGGACUGGUCCCAAGAAACUCCUUGGAUGUUUCUGAAUCUAAUGGGGG